AUGAAGUCAUUCACGCCCUUGGAUACUCACUGUUUCCGAUACACCUGGGGAGACUUUGCUGCCAUGUCGUACACUUGGGGUACAGAUGAGGCGGGGAAGAUCAUUGUCAACGGUCAGGAAAUGACGGUGACCAAGAACCUCGAGGAUGCGCUUAGAGAGCUGGGCAGCGAUGGUGGCCGUUUCGCCAGAAGAUACAAGCUGUGGGUUGAUGCGAUAUGUAUCAAUCAAUCUGAUGUGGAAGAGACAAGCGAGCAAGUAGCCCGCAUGAGAGAAAUCUACAGCGAGGCAUGGGCGGUGGUGGCCUGGCUAGGGCCGGCUGGAGACGAGAGUGAUCAAGGAAUGCGUCUCCUCUCUGCUCUCUCUCGCCUAGAUGACAAGGAAAAGGACGAUUUAACAGCCCUUCUCGAGCAAAAUCCUGCCAUGUUUGGAGAGUUUGCCUUUUAUGGCCUUCACAAUCUCAUGAAAAGAAGAUACUGGUGGCGGCUCUGGAUCAUUCAAGAGCUCGUCAUGGGAUCAAAGUCAACCAUCUUGCGGUGUGGAGGAGACACCCUUGACUGGGAAACCUUUAGCCGCGGAAUCUCAUCUUUGUAUCAUGGAGGCCUAUGGUCUGCCAAAGACUGGCUCUUGAAGGGCGAAAUGAAGAGGAAGCUGACCAAAGAUGACCCACGCUGGGUGACAGCCAGUAUCCAUCUUGUCCACCAGAACAUACGGCCUCUGAGCGAGUUCGAGUUCCAAGGAGGAGAGAGACAGGGCAUGAGAAAGUUGCUCGAACUUGCCAUGUCAGACAGCCGCGAGGAAAAAGACAAGGUCUUUGGCCUCCUUGGAAUGAUGGAGCCCAAAAUUGCAAAGCGUAUCAUUUGCAAGUACUCCAAGUCAACGGCAGAGGUCUUCAGUGCCACUUCAAUUGCUUUCAUAGAGCACUACGGCAAUCUUGAACCGCUCAGAGAAGCGAACCCAUGGGGAGAAGCUGAUACUCCAUCCUGGGUAGUUGACUGGACUUGGAACGGAAGACUGCGUUACUCGAAGCCAGAGAGCGUCUUUAUAGGGGCUUUCUGGACUCCAGGAACUCCGGAACCGCGAGCCGAGACCUUGUACUCCGCAGCUGGCCACCGAGACACGCUGUGCUCUGUGUUCUCUCACGGGAAGCUAUUGAAGUGCAAGGGGGUUAUAAUAGACAAAAUAUGCGGUUUGGGGGCGUGUGAACGAGGCUACUUUGACUGGGACCCGUCGUCCAUAGUCCAGCCGACAGAGUGGCAGAGUGUCUAUGAUGAUACAGCAUGGGCUCUCUGCAGAGCGAUGCUACUUGGACGGGUGUCAAACGGAGAGCACGUUAGCAAACGCCACUGCGCUCUCCUCAGUCUUCCAAGAACAUACGAGGCGGCAUUCAAGCAGUUUGAGGCGUUGGGAUGGACCUGGAUGAAGGAGCAGGAAGCCUACUACUUCCGCUGGGUGAGGUGGCACCAAGCCCACGACGAAAUCAUCAUGGCCGGUAAACCUCUCGGAGAUUAUUUUACGGAAAAGAUCCCGUGCAACGCGUCAGAAUUUGAUUACGCAGAGGUCUUCUUGGCGGCUGACCGGACGGGAAUGGGAAGACGAUUCAUGUUCACUAGCCGGGGGUACAUGGGAUGGGCGCCUGACAACCCAUACGGGUCGUUGCAGGACCAGAUUUGCGUUGGCGACAUGGUUUGCGUUGCCUAUGGUUGUAGCACACCGUUGGUGAUAAGACGCGUGGAGGAUAAGUACCACGUCCUUGGAGAGGCAUACAUCGAAGGCUUGAUGGAUGGGGAGGUGAUUGACUUGGUGGAGAAAGGGGAGCUUUUCGAAGAAGAGCUCAUCUUUAGCUGA